CUCAGUCAGGCUCUAACAACUGAAGCGGCCACAUCGCGUUAGCCCUAGAAAAAAAAAAUAUAUAUACGCACAUAUAUAUAUCAAAAUCCAUAUAUAGUUCUGUGUGUGUUUAAGAUUAAAACUGUAUUGUUACAAAAUGUGGCGCUUGCUGGUGGCUCUUGUCAUGAUGAAUGCGGUGUGUUGCCAAUCGGAACUAUUUCGGGAUGACAUUAGGACUCCGGAAGCAAUGGCCCAUAUAGAUAGACUAAUCCAGCAAAGUCAGCAGACUCAAAGGCAACAGCAGUCGCAAUCGCAAUUUAUCCAGCCAGUUCCCCUGCCGAGUUUGCCGGCCCUGCAAUCGCCCGGCCUUGUGAAUAGCCUUGCCACCCAAGUCGACCCUGUGGUGACUCGAAAAUCGGGAAGUUCCAUCAAGCAGCCGGUUCCGGCUGCCUAUUCCACCCACGUGGACCUGCCCACUUCCGAUCUUAUUGCGCAAAGUGUGCUACAUUUUGCAAACACUUUGGGACAGCACCUGGGUAAUGGCAAUAAGAAAACGAUAAUCUUCUCGCCCUUGAGUAUUGUCAACUCGCUGGCUCUGCUACUGCUGGGCGCCAAGGGUCGCAGUUACGAGGAGCUAUCCACGGUCUUUGGAAUAUCGGACACCGUCAAGCUGCACGAGCAGUUCGGUCUGAUGCUUAAGGAGCUGAAGCAGAACACCAUAGAGGGUAUCUCCCCAGUACGACCACUCACCAAUUGGCGAGUCAACAGCCCGAUGAGAACGAAUCGACGGGCCCAGCGACCUGGAGCCCAUGUGGUGCUGCUGGCCAACGGAAUAUUCACACAGAUCGGCUAUUCACUCAACCCGGACUACAGACGGGUGAUCGCAGAGGUCUACGACUCGACUCUGGAGGUUCAGGAUUUCGAGGGCAGUCCGGCGACAGCCCGUUACCACAUCAACUCCUGGGUGGCUGGCCACACGAAUAACCUCAUCGAGAACAUCAUCUCCGGCGAUAUCCCGAAAAGCACUAGGAUGAUCCUGGCCAACGCACUUUACUUCAAGGCCUUUUGGGAAACGGACUUUAUUGAGUCUGCCACCAGGCUCGAUAACUUCUAUCCGAACGGAGAGGGAUCUAGUCCAGUGGUGAAGGUACAGAUGAUGGCCACCGGAGGCACGUUUCCCUACCACGAGGAUCACGAGAUGGGCUGCAAGAUCAUUGGAUUGCCCUACAGGGGAAACCUAAGCACUCUGUACAUCAUCCAGCCACUCAAGUCAUCGGCGAGUGAAUUGUUGGCGCUGCAGAAGCGUUUGACCGCGGCUAAGACUGAGGAGAUGAUCAGCCGGAUGUACAGACGCUCCGCCGUGGUCGCAUUCCCAAAGAUGCAUCUGACUGAGACGGCGAAUCUGAAGACAAUCAUGCAGAAUAUGGGUCUGGGUGGCAUCUUCAGCCCCGUGCAGAAUGAUCUCUCUCUGAUCGGCACAAACGAGGUCCCGAGGACAAAUUCGCUUGGCGGAAACAGCCUGCAGAAUCUGGAGGCCCAGCGAAGAGCCGGAUUGGGAGGAGAGCGAUCCGAUUUGGUGGUGGACGACAUUGUCCACAAGGUUGACUUCAUUGUGAACGAGCAGGGAACGGAGGCGGCGGCGUCUACGGUGACGUACCUCAAAAAAUCCGGACCGGAUGUUGUCUUCCGAGGAGACACUCCUUUCAUGGUGCUAUUGCGCCACGAUCCCACCAAACUGGUGAUGUUUUACGGCCUCAUAAAUGAGCCCCCAGCAGCUGCUUAAUCCCAAGGAUCAUUAAAUAAUAAAGGUUUAGUACGUAAGUCCGUUGACUUUUUAGUUAGGAAGCCUAUAAAUCAUUUUAAAUGAUUCAAAAUAAUAAAUUAAAUGAUAAUAUAGUAAAACAA